CGUCCCCGAGGCGUAAACACGCAGCAUCCUGUUAUCACUCUCUCUCUCUCUCUCUCUCACUCGGCCACUCAUUCACUCUCACCCACUCGAACUCACUCACUCACUCUCAGCGUAUGUGUGUGUGUGUGUGUGUCUCUCUCUCUCUUUCUCACUCGUCAUUUCCGACGUAUACGCACACUGUUUUUUCGGCCGCAGAAUCGAAGUGGUGGCGUUGUCGAAUAUUACGACACUAACAGUGCCGCCGCCGUCGUCGUGCGUCACCGUCAGACACUAGUCCGAAAUACCGACACACACAAUCGACGACCGUAAACACAACGAUGCUUACCGCGCCGAGUAAACGGGACGCGGCGUCGUCGAGUUGGAUUGAUAAUAUUAUUAUUCGUUGAGCGCGGACUGUCACUACCGCUGCCCGCCGGUCCGAUCGGCGGCCAUGGCGACCGAAUACCGACAACGUCCCGGCAUGGGCGACCAUUUCGACGACGAGGAUCUUGUGAUGAGUUCAGCCCAACAGCGACGAAAUUGGCGUGGGAUACUCAUCGCUCUCAUGGUUAUCGUCGCGGUUUUAGCUAUGAUAGUAACGUCUGUAGUCUUAUUGACUCCGCCUCAACUAGAAGAACUGUCGGACUCAUACUCGGACUCAGAGAACGGUGACAGAAGUGGUUCGGAUUACUAUUACAACCAACGAGCAAACGAUGAACUAUGGUGGCGUCAUAGAGGUAUGAGGACAUUACGUUUAUCAGAUAUAUUGUCAGAUUCAGCAAAUAUUAAACUAUUCAACGGAACGUGGAUUUCCGGUACUGAGAUAUUUUACGUGACCAGCACUGGUGACUUAGCCAUAAUGGAGAUCAUGGCAGACGGCAUUACGCAGACUACUCACCACAUAAUGUCUAAAAAAACGUUGCAGAAAUUAAAAGGUCCGCUGGUGUCAUUCGAACUAUCACCUGAUCGUAAUCACGUGCUCAUAGGUCAUCACGCAAAAAAAUUGUUCAGGUAUUCAAAAACGGCUCGUUAUACGGUAUACACUGUGUCAACCAAGCAAAUGACUCCCAUAACGUUGGAAGAUCAUCGAAAUUACCAAAACGUAACCACCUCAGCUGAUCUACAGCCGUAUUUCCUACACGCUCAGUGGCACAAGAUUUCCACUGCGACCGAGGAAAACGUCGAGCCCAUGGCGUUGAUCGUCGUGUAUCGAUACGAUGUGUACUACGUUCCGUGGUCGAUGAAAUUGACACCUACCCCGGGUACCAACAUUGGGAAAAACAACGUCACAGUAGAUCUUCAGACUUCAAACGUCACUAACUCCUUGAACACGAAUCUUUCCAAUCCUUCACUAAACGAUAAACAAGUAAAUGGUGGUGACAGCAAUGACACCAACACAUCUCAAAAAUUGACAUGGGCCCCAUGGCCUUACGGCCCAGUUCGUCGAAUUACCACUUCCGGGUUCGGUUCAUCGGGUACCGCAGCAGGGGUCGUGAGCAACGGAGUAGCUGACUAUCUAUAUGAAAUGGAGAUAUUGAAAAGGUCCCCAGCUAUAUGGCCAUCAUCCGGGCGGUAUCUAAUGUACGCAACGUUUGAUGAUCGACGGGUCGGAGAAUAUAAGUAUUCAGUUUACACAAAGGGCGGGCGGCAACGUAAUAACGUCGAUGAGGGUGAUACAGAAAAACAUUCCAGGCAGCGAAAACCAAAACGACGCAGGAGGCGUUCAAGGCGAAAUUCAAAACCUGAGGAAUCAUCAAGUAUGCCAGAAGAUGACAGCACAUCUGAAUAUUAUUUAUAUCCCCAUAUACGCACUCUUAAAUACCCAAAGGCAAACACACCAAAUCCCGCUGUCACUUUAUCGGUGAUCGUAAAUCUCGAUCAACUAGAAAAUCCACAAAUACAACCAAAAAUACGCACUUUGACACCACCACCAAUUUUUCAAUAUACCGACGAUUACUAUUUCACGGCGGUUCAAUGGGUGAACGACGGAGGUGUCGGAGGUGGAGGUGGAAGUCACGAGAUCGACGAUGACAAAUCGGGUGCUUCGGCAGCCGAGGUAUGUGUCGUAUGGCUGAACCGGGCGCAAAACACGAGCGUGACGACGCUCUGCAAAUCACCUAUGUGGAUGUGUCAGGAAACCCAAGUGAUUAACGCAGUAGGAGCUGUUGGCGGUGGUAGUGGCAUAAGAGGAGGACAAGGAAGUGAGACGUUUAACAGUGAUCACGCUCGUCGUCGGUACAGGCGCAAUGGCGGAGGGUCACAGAAAACAUCACAUGAAGCGGUCCAUGGAGUGAAAAACAACAGUAUCAAAACAAAUUCAUCCCACCAAGAAGACCGCCGCCGCCGCCGCCGUCAGCCGCACCAGCACGGCCCACAUAAACAUGGCAGUCAACAUCAGCAUAACGGCCACCACAGCCGUCGCCGACGAGAUGGAUACGUGAACUCUGGUAACUACGAAGUACCAAGAGGACGAUAUGGUGGUUGGGUGGAUGCCACUGUCGGUGGGGCUGGUGGUGGGGUUCCAUCGACCGGAGGUGGUGUCAGCGAUGGCAGCUACCGUAUGAUCUCGGCCACCACUUCAUGGUCUGGUGGACCCAAUAUCAACGACGGGGGAGAAAACUUCGUAGGUGACGACGGAUAUGCGGGAAUUGCUGGUUUUGGUAGCACUGGAACUGGCGCUGUGUAUGCAAUGGCUUCUUUGGUUCGUAAGGGAUGGGAGACGGGUGACAAGGAACUGACACCCAGAGCGCCGGUGUUUGCGAUGGAUGGUCAGGGAUAUGUUAGUGUGGCACCGGUACGUGAUGACGAACACGAUGACAACGAAGACCAAGACAGCGAAGGAGGGGUGCGUCUUCGACGACCGACCAUAAAACAACACACGCAGUCGUCACGAAAUGCCAAAAGCCGGCCACAGUCGUCAAUCGGAAAGUAUUAUGCACAAGUUGUAGCUGUAAAUAUAACGAAGAAACUGUUAGCACCACUAACGUUUGGUGAAUUUGACGACGAUAACGACAACGACGGCGGCAAAGAAGACAAAAAAAAAAACAAAGUUGUUACUAAAAGUUGGACGGUAGUCAGGAUUUUGGCAUGGGACCAGCGGACUGAUAUGAUUUACUUUCUUGCCGUACCAUCUGGUCGAGGUGCACCACACCACCGUCAUUUGUACGCAGUCAAGUUUACAUCUGCAGCAUCAUCAUCUACAAUAAACACCGAUGCUGGUUACCGAAUGGGGCACCAUCACCAACAACAGUUCCGUAAAACUUACCGCCAUAGCAAUCGUAGCAGGCCAGUGUGCCUAAGCUGCGAUAUAGGUUUUACCGGCAACGCAAGGCGUCGGGAGCGUCGUGAAUUUGGUGGAAAACAGAACCGAAUGGACGAGGCGCGAGAUGGCCGGUUGAGGCAACAACAACGGGAACGGUGGGAAAAUCUAAAAGAAGAGGAAGAAGACAAUGAAGAGGAAGCUGCCACCGCGGAAGAAGCAGAACGCCGUCAGCAGCGAAAUCGUCGACAACAGCAACGAGAAAUGCAGAAUCGUGGUAUGUUAAGACACUGCACAUACUUCGAUGCCCAGUUCUCUAGGGAUGGUAGCCAUUAUGCUUUGAUGUGUCUGGGCCCUUCAGUUCCGUAUGUUACAUUGCAUAGAAUUAUAUUAGAUGAGAUUGACAAUGCCGAAGAUAAUAGUGAUGGUAGUGGCAGUAGUGAUGAACCGGAAAGCGUUCCACUUACUGCACAGAAAAUACCUAAAGAUUCUUCCUACUCCUUUGAGUUAAUUGCUCUUAUAGAGAAUAACACUCGUCUACAGGACAAGUACACAAAUCGAGUUUUGCUACCAGGUACCAGAACUUUUCAGUUAAGACUUUCCGGUGGUCGUAAACUAACUACUUCAGGGGGCUUACAUUUUAAUGACCCUCUUGCAGCAGCUGAUUAUUAUAGUAAUGGUGGCGACCACCAGCAACAUUUUUCUACUAAAAAACGUCCAGAUUCAGAUCCCCUGACCGUGGCACAGGUCCGAUUGUAUCUUCCAUUAGGCGUUUACGAUCCUGAGGCUGAUCCUCGCCCAGAAUUCAUGUCAAAUCAUAUUAGGAAUUCUGGAAGCUCUGAUAGAGUUGAUAUUACUAAUGCUGAAGUAACUGCUAAACCCACAGACAGCUCUUCGACCAAACACAACCAUCGGCUUCGACGACGAUCGUCAUCAUCUGUAUCUUCCACACAUGAUAGCAGUGAUGAUAAUGGAGAUGGAUCAAAACGACAACGAAGACCACGCAAAAAACAACGUCAACAUCGUUUGAAAAAGUUAUAUCCAAUGCUUGUGGUAGUUAACUCAGACCCAGGAUCACAGGCUAUCACUGAUCGAUUUACUGAUCGAUUAGGUUAUACAACAGGAUUACUAUGCUCAGGUUCAUUGGGUAGAACGCUACCAAGUGCUAAUGGUAGAAGUUCAGCAGGCUCAAGAUAUAGUGGGAAUGAAUGGGGUCGUCAGCGGCAGAGAGGUCGUCGGGAUCGUCGGUCUUCAGCGACUAGAUAUUAUUCUUCUGGACAUUCAGACGACUACGAUGACGACUCUUAUGACUACGAUCAAAAUAAUGACGACGAUACGAAUAAUAAUGAGUACGUAGUGGCCGUGAUAGAUACAGGGCGAGGGACAUGGGCUCGAGGUUAUGAGUCGUUAUUGGCCUUAAAUUAUGGAGAUGGUAAUGAUGGAUAUGGAGAUGAUAGCAGAGAAGACGAUGUUAGGCCAGGUGGACUCCUUGGUACUGCUGACCUUCGUGAUCAAUUAGAAGCAGUUGAGUACCUGCUUUCAAGCUCUACGGCUACCAGCGAUAGUUUUAAAGACAAUGGUCAGGGGUAUUACAGUGAAGAUCGCCCAAGAGGUAGUGGUAGUCGCGACCGUUCUAGAUGGUUCUCAUCGACUUCACAAUCUAAUAGAAGGUACUAUAGCGAUGAUGAUGACUACUAUGAUGAUAACGAAGAAUAUGAUGACAACAACGACAAAAAUGACAACGAAGAUUACUACUAUUAUUACUACAGCAAUGACGGAGAUAAUGGUGACUAUAGUGAUGAUAACCGAGGAGAUAAUUUUUACAGGGAUAGCGAUGCUAAGAGAAGUCGUAGAGACCGCAGAAGUGCCAGUGACACAAAACCAAACACUGAGGCACUACGGUUGCCAUACGUAGAUGCAAGUAAAGUGGCGUUAUUGGGCGGCGGACCAACAUCGCCUUCAACUCCACCGUCAGUCUAUGGUGGAUAUGCCGCUGCUCGGAUGGCUUUAUGGCAAACCAUUUAUGGUGGUGCGCCAAUUGAGAAAAGAAGUGACGAAUCUGGUGACAAAGGAAAUAGAAAGGAGCCUGUGGCAAUUCGCUCUUCGUUCAAGUGUGCUAUAACUAUGGCACCUGUGUGUUCGUGGCGACUAUAUGCUUCUGCAUUUGCCGAACGUUACUAUGGCUAUUAUGGUGAAAAUGAUAGAGAUAACUGGAUGUCAUAUGAUCGUUCAGACUUAAUACCAUUAACACCUUCAUUAAACGAGUCUUCGUUGUCACCGUCUUCAACUGGAAAAGGAAUAAACUUAUUGGUGAUGCAUGGCACUGCGGACACUACAAUACAUCCACAGAACUCGAUGAUGCUAGUUCGAGGAGUCAUGCAACAACAACAGCAAAAAUUCGUACCUACUGGAUUUGUCAGUAGUGCUGGACGCCGAAAUAAUAAUUUGACAGGAUCUGGAGGACGAGUCACUGGGGGGUUUCCUACACGCGUUGGAGCUAUUAGAAUAUCACAACUAGUCAUGCCAGACGCAGACUUGAGUAAUUCGAGAAUGGCAACAGACAUAGAAAAUGGUUAUCCUAUAGACAACCACCACCAACUUCUUCACUCGAUUUUCGGCCAUGUCUCACAAUAUCUGGCUUCAGAGUGUUUCACAAGUGUAGGUGAUGGAAACCGAGGCCGAGGCAUUAGGACACGUGGCCGGCGUUUACGAAAACGGAGGAGAAGGAGAUGGAGGACCGGUAACCGAGACCAAGAAAAAUCAGAGGACCAACAACAGCAGAAACGGGAGGAAGAACACCAACAGCACCAGCAAAAUCAGCUCAGUGACAAAAGUAAUUCCGAUAGUAGCAAUGAAAACGGCAGUGGUGGUGAUCGAAGUUCCGGUGGUAGAUACCGUCGACACAAUAUUGAUAGCAAUCAGCCAAACUCGGAAGGCAGUAUCAAGAAUGACAUAGAAGAAGUAAAAAUUAAGGUUAACGGCGUUUAUAAUGAUAAUAUUAAAAAAAAUAUCAGUUGGCUUAACAACAUGGGAAAUUUUACCAUUCCUAAUAACAGUAAUAACAGGAAUAACAAUGCCAAUAAGAGAAGAGAAAGAGAUGACGAUGAAGCUGAGGAAUUCGAUGAAGAAGAUGAUGAUGGUGAGGACAGCGAAAACGAAUACUAUGACGGAGAAGAUAAUGACGAAGAAGACGGAGAUGGUGAAGAUGGAGAUAAUGAUGAUGAUGAGUACCCUUGAUUAUCAACAAGUCAUUAUUUGGCAACAUGAUGAUGAGCGGAGACCAGCUCGUGGAUUUCAUGGAGCUAUCAUUAUUAAAUAUUGUAUUUUUAGGUUAACCUUAUAACACUACUUUUAAUAGUAUACAUCAAGCAUACCACAUCAAGUAUACCACCAACCCAUUAGAAAAAAUCUUACCAUUGUAUUUUAAACAUCUCUUAAAAAAAAUAUCUAAAAAUAAUUUUUCAAUCCCCAGAAAAAUCUUUUGAAGAUUUCGUUAGUGAUAUUGAAACUCUUUGACUAUAACAUUUCACCAUGGAUAUUACAAUAGUCAAUUUAUAUUAUUUGGUUGACAACGUAAUUUAUCAUAUAUUUAAUAGAUGAGUUUUAUAUAUAUAAGAAUUACAUUCUAAAAUGACUUGAUAAUUUAAUAUUUAUACUCUAUUAAGGAAAAAUUAAAUUUUAGUUUUCUCUAUCUUCAUUGGUAUUUUUAACACCACUUAAUAUAUUUAAAAUUCAAAAUCAUAUCUAUUAUAACUGUUGUUACUAUUACAAUAUUUUAUUAUCAAUCAUAAGUGUUAGUUAUUAUUAUUAUUAUUAUUAUUAUUAUUAUAACAUUUUUACCUAUAUGUAUCAUAUAUAUGUAAGGCGAUAUAAAAAAUGUAGCAAAUAACGAAGAAACCCAUUUACUUUAUAGUUUAUACAUCCAGGAGAAUAAUUAAUUAAUAUCACUUAACGCAAUAUGAAUGGAAAUGCACAAAGUGUCAAGCACACAUUAAUCUAAUAAACUUCUUUAUAAUUUAUAUAUUACACUAAUGUUUUUAUUACAUUUUAUAAAUCAUUUUUACCUUUUGAAAUAUUGAUAGAUACCUACAUAUUCAAAAUUGGAUUUCGUUGUAGUUUGCAACAUUUAUAAUACAAAAUUGUGUAACCAUUACGAUAUUAAUUAAAUUGAUAUUAAUUAGAGUUUGUCACACUGAAACAUUUUACCACCGUCUAUUACAUAUUUUAUUUUAAUUUUAUUUAUUUACUUAUUUAUUGAAUCAAAGUACUUUUUAUAUUAAUAAUAACUUUAGAUAGUUACCUUUAAAGCUUCAUAAUUUCUUACUACCUACAUAAUAUUAUCGUUUUUAAAAUUAAUUUAUCUUAUAGUUGACCUGUAUUUUUCUUCUCAAGUUAUUAUUAUUGUUAUUGUGUUAACUUUGUUUUUAUUUUUUAUCAUAUAUAUAUUAUAAUAGCCAUACUUAUAUGAAGCGUAUAUUUUUCUGCAUCAAUGUGACUCUAUGUUGGUACAUUAUUACAAACAUAUAGAAUACACAACUAUAAUUAUUAUAUUACAUCAUAUAAUUAUUAUCACUGUUAUUGUAUAGAAGAACUCUAAAAAAUAUAUUAUACCAAACUUGAAUAAUAAAGAGUGUAAUUGCAUUUA